GUCUAACGUUGACGUCAUCGUUUGUGCUGCUGGAUUGCUCGAAGCUUCCUUUCUAGCUCGUAGAAAGGAUCAAUCGGUCAACUCGACGAAAGUACAUUUUUGGUCAAAACUGACCUGAAGCAGGAAAGCUAGUAAAACGUCAAAUAAUGUCUUCCAACAGCGGUAUCCGAAUCCCAAGUCGACUGCCUCUGCUGUUGACCCACGAAGGAGUGUUAUUACCGGGCUCUACGAUGCGGAUCAGUGUUGACACAGCGAGGAACAUGCAGCUGGUGAAGACCAGACUGCUGAAAGGCACUUCGCUGAAAAGCACCAUCAUCGGGGUGAUCCCCAACACCCGAGAUCCUGAGCUUGAUACUGAGGAUCUUCCCUCUUUGCAUAGUAUUGGCACUGCAGGACUGGCAGUGCAGGUGGUGGGCAGUAACUGGCCCAAGCCCCACUACACACUGCUCAUCACUGGGCUGUGUCGCUUCCGUGUGUCCCAGCUGCUGAAGGAGGUGCCCUUUCCUCUGGCUGAGGUGGAACAGCUGGAUAAGCUAGAGCAGUACACCAGCCCUAGAAAUACAUCUGAGGCAGCUACGCCAGAGGGAGAGCUGGGGGAGCUGUCCCAAAGGUUCUACCAGGCCGCUGUGCAGCUGGUGGGCAUGUUGGACAUGUCUGUCCCUGUGGUGGCAAAACUCAGAAGACUCCUGGACAGUCUCCCUAAAGAGACUCUGCCUGAUGUCCUGGCUUCUAUGAUCCACACGUCCAACAAAGAGAAGCUUCAGGUUCUGGAUGCAGUGAGCCUGGAGGAGCGCUUUAAGAAGACUCUCCCUCUGCUUACCAGACAGAUUGAGGGUUUAAAAUUGCUGCAGAAGACCAGAAAGUCCAGACCUGACGAUGACAAAAGGGUGCGUGCUGUAGGUAAAGUCGGGAAGUUUCCCGGACGUCCGUUUUCUUUGGACGAAGACGGCGAUGACGAUGAGGAUGGUGACGACAACACUGUCUUGGAGAGGAAGGUUAAAGGCGCCAACAUGCCAGAGGCUGCCUUGCGGGUGUGUCUCAAAGAGCUCAAAAGAUUGAAGAAGAUGCCCCAGUCUAUGCCGGAGUACGCUCUGACCCGGAAUUACUUGGAUCUUAUGGUGGAACUGCCCUGGAGCAAAAGUACCACAGACUGUCUUGAUAUCCACUCUGCACGGGUGCUGUUGGACAACGACCACUAUGCCAUGGAGAAGCUGAAGAGGAGAGUACUGGAGUACCUGGCUGUGAGGCAGCUGAAGAGCACCCUCAAAGGGCCCAUCCUCUGCUUCGUAGGACCACCCGGUGUGGGCAAGACCAGUGUGGGCCGCUCCAUCGCCCGUACCCUGGGCAGGGAGUUCCACCGCAUCGCCCUGGGAGGGGUGUGUGACCAGUCUGACAUCCGAGGGCACAGGAGGACCUACGUGGGCAGCAUGCCCGGCCGCAUCAUCAACGGGCUGAAGGCGGUCGGCGUCAACAACCCGGUGUUUCUGCUGGACGAGGUGGACAAGCUGGGAAAGAGUCUACAGGGAGACCCGGCCGCUGCCCUGUUGGAGGUCCUGGACCCAGAACAGAACCACAGCUUCACAGACCACUACCUGAACGUGGCCUUUGACCUCUCGCAAGUCCUGUUCAUCGCUACGGCCAACACCACGGCCACCAUCCCUCCGGCCCUGCUGGACAGAAUGGAGGUCCUCCAAGUGCAAGGGUACACUCAGGAGGAGAAGGUGGAGAUAGCCCAUCGUCACCUGAUUCCACAUCAGCUAGAACAGCAUGGCCUUACCCCACAUCAGCUUCAGAUACCUCAGGACACCACACUGGACAUAAUUAGCAAGUACACACGUGAGGCCGGUGUUCGCUCCCUGGAGAGGAAGAUCGGGGCGAUCUGUCGAGCGGUGGCCGUGAAGGUCGCCGAAGGUCACAAGGUCACCAAGUCAGAGGCCGCGCCCCCUGAGAGUGGCCCACAGGGAGCUGAGCAGGGAGGCGUGCACGCUUCAGAGGGUGAGCAAAGGAGAAGGGGAGAAGAGGCCCAGCGGGUGUCUUCAGACAUGGCUUCGCCUCCAGAGAUGCCCAUUGUCAUCGACCACAUUGCCCUGAAGGACAUCCUGGGGCCACAUAUCUUUGAGAUGGAGGUGUCAGAGCGUCUGACGCUCCCAGGCGUGGCCAUCGGCCUGGCCUGGACCCCUUUGGGGGGGGAGAUCAUGUUUGUGGAGGCCAGCCGCAUGGAGGGUGAGGGCCAGCUGACCCUGACUGGACAACUAGGCGACGUCAUGAAGGAGUCUGCCCACUUGGCCAUCAGUUGGCUGCGCAGCAAUGCCAAGACCUACCAGCUGACCAACCUGGUUGGCGGUUUAGAUCCUCUGGAAGGGACAGACAUCCAUUUGCACUUCCCAGCAGGCGCAGUCACAAAGGACGGGCCGUCUGCUGGCGUCACCAUGGUAACGGUUCUGGCCUCCCUGUUUAGUGGGCGCCUGGUUCGGUCCGAUGUGGCCAUGACUGGAGAGAUCACCCUGAGAGGCCUGGUGCUGCCGGUGGGUGGGAUUAAAGACAAGGUCCUGGCAGCUCAUAGGGCCGGACUGAAGCGUGUUAUUAUCCCAAAGCGCAACGAGAAAGACCUGGAGGAGAUCCCAGCUAAUGUCCGGCUGGAGCUGGACUUUGUAGGGGCCAGCAACCUGGACGAGGUCCUCAACGCAGCUUUUGACGGGGGCUUUCCUGGAAUCUCCAAUCCUGUCACUCUGCCACAAAUCACCAGCAAACUAUGAGGUCCCUAUCACAAUACUACUAAGAGACAGUAUAGCAUGCUAAAACCACUGUGGAAGGACAGGUACUCAGGAAUUCUGCCGGACAGAGCUCUUAGCAUUUUCUGCCAUACAAAUGAAUGUAUGUGGUAGAAUCACACUGACCAUGUUGUCUUUGAGGUGGAUGCAUCAAUAGGCAAGUUGUCACAACUUUUAUUUUGUGACUUAUUUUAUUUACUACUUCUAAUAACAUUUCCCUAACUUCGAGUUAAUGACUGAGAUUUAAUAACUGAAAUUCAGAGAUUUUACAACUUGUAGCACCUGUUGCCUUUCUUUGAUGCGGAAGAUCUGGAUCUGAAAUGUUAGUUGUAUGACCCAACAGAGCUGAUAUUUGUGCAGUUCAGACCCCGUGUUUAGGCCAUCAGUCGCUUCUUCUGACUGCAGCCCACUGGGCUGUUCUGGCACCUGUCUGAACGAUCCACAUAACCAGAACCAUUGGUAGUACUAGCCAGUGAUAAUGUUGUUGUAAAGGAACCAUAAAGUAGCUGUGUGGUUCUGGCUAAACACAAUUUACUUGCAUGUAACAUGAUGACAGAGUUAAAAAGCUAUCAGCAACCCAAAUCAAUAUUGCUGGUAUCUCGCUUCACUAGUGUGAGUAAAUACAGGAUAGUCAUGAAUGCACAAUAGUGUCAUGUAAAAAAGAUGGCGUAGUUUUGCAAUGUUCACAUGCCUAUCCGAAACUGGAGACCUCAGUUAAAAUAAACUAUUAUUUCUGUAAGCUU